AUGAGGCCUGUGAAAUCAAGGCGUACACAUCAAAAAUCGCGCUCGGGAUGCAGUAAUUGUAAGCGGAGGCGUAUUAAGUGCGACGAGAAAAAGCCCAUCUGCACCAAUUGCGCCAACCAUGAGGUCGAAUGUAUCUUCUCCGCGCGUGGAAGCUCCGAAGUAUCUUCUGCUGCAUCCGGAUCGUUAUCACCCACCGAACGGUGCCCUCGAGAAAAGAAGUACCGCUUCCGCACCUCUCAAUAUACAACUGAGAUCUGGAAGCGAACGGCCCAAUCACCAACCCUGAAGUCUACAGAAACGCAGCAUAAAGAUGUAUCUACAGAAGCAAGUACGGAUUUUAUCUCAAUGCCUGACCUCCAACUCUUCCACCACUUUCUCGUCUCCACAAUCCCCACCACAGUCGACGACGAGCAUGGACGCGCUGUCUGGCAGAAUCACGUCGCGCAAUGGGCUUUUGAGUUCCCUUCAAUUCUACAUCUUAUUUUGGCUCUUUCAGCGCUGCACAUGGGUCACGAAAAGCCAGGAUUGCGGGAGCAGUACCUCCAACAAGCCGACGACCAUUUCACAUUCGGAGUCCAGUCCGUUACAGCUGUGCUCUCCGAACUCAACGCAGACACAUGUCAAAAAGUGUACAUAUCCGCCGUGAUGAUCUGUUUUGCAUAUUUUGGCCGAGGACCCCGGCCAGGGGAGUAUCUUGUCUUCAGCGACAACGGUCCUGCGGAGUGGCUGGUGCUUAUGCACGGCGUGAAGUUGAUUCUGGAAUCACACCAUAGUAAGGUGUUCAGCGGGAUCUUAGAGCCCAAGCCAAGCUCGGAUGUUGCGAACAUGAGCCCGCCAAUGCAAAACGAACUACAAGAACACAUCGCGCAAGUCCAAGGACUGCAACGCCUCGUCGAUCUACAACAUUCAUGGGACGCGGGAGACCGCGUCAUGUACUUGUCUGCCAUCGACAACCUAACAUCCACGCUGGAAGAAGUAUACCUAAAACGCUCCCUCCACAAACCAGCCGUUGGCUUAAUGCACAUCCUAAUAGGGUGGUUAUACCGACUUCCCCGAGAUUUCGUGGCGCAGUUGGAACGGAAGGAUUCGCUUGCUUUGGUGAUUCUUGCGCAUUGGGCUGGGCUGUUGAAGUAUAUGGAGUCUGUGUGGUUUAUGACGGGAUGGGGGGAGCAUGUGUUGAAUGGGGUUUGUGCGUUUUUGCCGGCUGAUUUGUGGGGGUGGGUUGAGUGGCCGAUGGAGCGUGUUCAGAAGGAGUGAUUGCUGCCGUUUCAACACUUCUGGGGUGGAAAUUGGCUUUGUAUAUAAAGGCAAUCAAUUGC